AUGAAACAAAACGAUGAGUUGGAACAACGGAAAUUUAUCUACUAUUGGAUAUUCUAUCUUCUCGACAUCCUGUUCUAUUUGUCUUGCUUAGCAUUCACCAACAUCUUCAUUUACAUCAAUCCAGAUAAAAUGGAAAUUAUCAGUUUUCUCUUAAAAUCUCAAACAUUUUUAACCCUAUUCAUCGUCUGCUACACACAUUAUGUCAAACUUCAAUGCGGUCUUCAUGAAAUUAGUGAUAUUCCAACAUCAACGGCAAAACGUCUUAUUUGGUUGCGAUUCUUUGUCUGUGCCCAUUUUUGUGGAAUUCUCAGUUUUCUUGAAGAUCAAAAUAUCAAUUUGUUCGUAUUGGAAUGCUUAUUGAGGAUCGUUGGACCAUUCUACUUUUGCUAUUUUUUGUUUUCAACAGGAUUGUGUUGGAAAUUGGAAGACGAAGAAGACGGAAUGAACAAAUUGGUCAAGGAGAAACGGAUCAAGAACUAUGAAUGCUAUUGA